CUCCAGUUUCAUGGAAGCUGGCUCAGUGCAAACUGGAGCAGCCGCGAUAUUAUGUUUUCCAGAGGGACAAUGGAGCCUAAGGAAUCGCUUCGUCAACCGUUUUUGUUGUGGAAUGUCUCAAGACCUCCGGAAGCGAUGGCCAGCAGUACACUCUCCUCAGUCAUUCGGAACGAAGCCCUCUUCCCUCUGGGAUUGGCUCUCAUUGAGCUAUCACUAUGUCGUACGAUUACUACUCUGCGGGUUCCUGAAGAUGAGAAUCCUGACGAAGAAGUAGUACUUCUGAAGGUUGCCAAUCGCUGCCUCGACCAUGUUUUCUUGGAGAGUGGCACGAGAUAUGGUUGUGUGGUCCAGCAGUGCUUGUCCUGGUCUCAUACUCGUGAGACUAAUAUGAAUAAUGAGGAAUUUCAAGACACAGUUUUCCGGCAUAUUAUUUCACCUUUGCUAGAUGACGUGGAGGACUUCGAAGGACGAUCAAGGAAUGUGCGCUAGGUAUGUGCUCACAGUAAUUGAACGCGUGACUCAACAUGGACUUGCAAUGGGUUUUAAAGUUUGCCUUUGGAUUAUAAUAUUGACUGUUCAAGGUCUUUGGGACCUUAAUUUAUCAGCCACCGUAAGAAGUUAUAUCAAAUCUUGAGUAUUCGAUUCACACAAGUUAGAUUAGCAACA